UGUUAUGGAAAUUUGCUAUCCAAUCAAUACAGAAACUAGAAAACUCAUCACAAUUGAUUAUUUUUAGUACCAUCUCUUGUAACCAUCACAAACGGAAAUGGAAAGCCAAUCUUUGGAAAUCACACUACGUCCUUAUAGGCUCUCAGAUGCUGAGGACUUCUUGAAGUAUACCGAGGAUGAAAAGGUCCGUCUGCAUCAAUGACUGUUCGAUCGGAAUGGUCUUCGUCAAGCCACAAGGUGGUGAUGACAGUGUCGAGCGGAGAUCGGGUAUGCGUUAGCAGCCGAGUACUGGGGACAAGGCAUAGUAAUCAGAGCUGUGAAGAUGGCCAUCACUGAAGGGUUUAAAGAGUUCACUGAUUUGGUUAGAAUGCAAGCUUUGAUUUUGAUAGAGAACAAGGCCUCCCAGAGAGUCUUGGAGAAACUUGGUUUCCACAUGGAAGGUCUCUUGAGGGAGUAUACCAUUCACAAAGGGACACAUAUCGUUAGGUUUUAUCUAAUAAUUGACUAGUUGCAGAUGGUGAUGCUAGUGACCAAUUUGUCUACUAGUAGCACCACUAGGCAAGUUCAUUGAAUCCAAAUCUAUUAUUUGAAUAGAUUUUGGAUCACACAUAAUCGUAUGGCUGACUACUUUAUACCCCCUAUUUAUAUAUCCCAAUUGAGCUUGGAACCAUCUCAAACUUCCUCAAAGUUAUGGAGUCCUCAAGAAUUUCACUGCGUCCCUUCAAAGUCUCCGAUGCCGAUGACUUCUUGAAAUGGGCGAGUGAUGACAAAGUGACGCGCUAUUUGAGAUGGAACACCAUAACCUCUAGGGAAGAAGCCUUGGCAUACAUUGAGAAGGUUGCUAUACCACACCCAUGGCGCCAGUCCAUAUGUCUGGAUGACCAUUCGAUUGGAUAUGUUUCGGUCAAACCCGAACCGGGCGAUGACACGUGUAGAGCCCAUGUUAGCUAUGCCGUGUCUGCAGAAUACUGGGGACAAGGGAUUGCCAAACAGGCACUGAGGAUGGCCAUGUCUAGAGUGUACAAAGAGUUCCCAUGUUUGGUGAGGGUUGAGGCUUUGGUGGAGGUUGAGAAUAAGGGUUCCCAAAUGGUUUUAGAGAAAGUUGGGUUUGUGAAAGAAGGUUUGUUAAGGAAGUAUGGUUAUUGUAAAGGUGAGAUUAGAGACAUGUUUAUCUACAGCUUCUUAUCAACUGAUAAGAUUAUGUGAUUCAUCUGUUCAAAUUUUCUUAGAACAUCUCUUAAUGGUUUGGUUUCUUACUUUGAGGAACA